UGUUGUGAUAAACUUAUUAAAUAGAUAGUGUCUGAUUGAGUGUUGUUCUUCUGUUUGACCUGAUUGUAUCCAUCAGAAUGGUGACCAUAAUAGACACGUUGCACUCGGACAUGAUCCAUGACGCGCAGUUUGACUUCCCUGGUCGCAGAGUGGCCACCUGUUCCUCAGACAGGACAGUGCGCAUAUACCAAGUGGAGUCAUCUGGUACUGGUCAUUCGAACUCAACGUCCUCAUCUUCAGACUACAAACAGCAGCAUAGACUCAUCGCCAUAUUGGAUGGCCAUGAUGGUCCUGUGUGGCAAGUCUGCUGGGCCCACCCCAAGUUCGGAUCCCUCUUAGCCUCCUGUUCAUACGACCGAAAGGUCAUCCUGUGGAAGGAAAGCCCCGUAGUAACAUCAGGAGGAACCCUGUCCUCCAAUCCCUCCAAUAGUGCGACUAACUCCACCUGGACUAAAUUCCACGAGUACGACCAGCAUAAGUCGUCAGUUAAUUCCAUCAUCUGGGCCCCUCACGAGCUGGGUCUGGUGUUAGCUGCUUGCUCAUCGGAUGGAUCUGCGUCGGUUAUCGAUUACACAGGUGUGAGUAGCAGUGGGACUGGUGAGGGGGGUCAGCAGCAGCCGGAAGUGAAGAGGAUAGCCAACUGUCAUCAGGGGGGAUGCAAUGCCAUCAGCUGGGGACCAUCUGUCCCUCCCUCCGCUCUCCUGUCCAACGAUGCAUCCUUCGAGAGCUACCAGAAGACGUUUGUGACUGGUGGGUGUGAUAACUUGGUGAAGAUCUGGAGCUACAACGAGGACAGCAGUUGCUCGUGGGUGUUGGAGGAGACGCUGCAUGGCCACAGGGACUGGGUGAGGGAUGUGGCAUGGGCACCCUCAGUCGGACUGCCUCUCUCCACCAUAGCCUCCUGCUCACAGGAUGGUAUAGUGAAGAUAUGGAGGAAGGAGGUUAGUUCAAGUGGAGUGGGUGUGUACUACCAGUCGAAUGAGCUCUACCAGUUCCCAGAUGUCGUCUGGCAUGUCAGCUGGUCCUUCACUGGAAACAUACUCGCAGUGUCUGGUGGCGACAACGAGGUGACUCUGUGGAAAGAAACAGAAGACAACAAGUGGGAAAAGAUAUCCGAAGUGAAUAAAACCGACAAGUAGAGAAAAAAUGAGCAUCAGGUCAGCAGAUGGAAUGAAUCACCGUGUAUGUGCUCCGAGGUCAGAGUUUCAGGCAGGGGGAUGGGAAGAAAACGGAAUGAGUGUGAUCAAAAACUUGAAUUGUACCUUGGUAAUUUGGACUGAUAGUUUGAGCGUUAUUUAUCAAUGAGUUUAAUUCUUGAUUCUUUUCGCGUUUA